AUGUCGACCCCAAAAGCCCACCGCGGCGCCGACGCCGACUUCGUUAACGAUCCCUCCCAGGGCCCCGGCUUCGACGGUACCCCCUCCGGUGCGCCUCCAACAUACGCGACAUUCUCCCCAGUCACCCUCGCCGCAACCACUCCGAGCCGAUCCUCCCGCCAGUCCACCAUCAUCGUUCAUCAAAAGUCGCCCCUCCUCCUGGCGACGCCGCCGCAAAUCACCCGCGCAUUAGCAUACUCGCAUCCUUUUCUCUUGCCCCUCAAUAAGCUAGCCGGGUUGUUGACAUGGACAACCAACGAUCCGUGGGAGAGCUUCCUUUUGCUAGCCUCCUUUUGGGCCAUUGUCCUCUAUGGCGAUAUUGUUGUGCGCGUGGCAGGACCGAUCGUCGUUGUCCUGACGUUGAUACUGGGCAUGUACGGCAGGCGCUUCAGUCCGCUGAGCAGUAGCGGAUGGACAGAGCCGGCUUCCAAAGAUCCCACCAGCGCGCAGAGCGCUGGGGUAACAGCCGGAGGCAAGGCACAGAAGUCGACGCCCAAGAAUAGUACCGCCACGAGCACGGCCAAGGGUCAUCAACGGGGCGAGUCCGAGGCGACGAACACAAGGCACCAGAAGACGUUGGACGAGAUUGUUGAGACAUUGAAGGAGUUCACGGGACGAUGUAACCUCUUGCUCGAGCCGCUCCUUGAAUUGACCGACUUCCUGAGCACCCAGCGGACCCCGACGUCUGCCACGACACGGCCGGCCUUGACAACCCUGUUUGUUCGAAUCUUGUUUUGCACGCCCAUUUGGAUAGCCUUGACGCUCCCACCACUACGCAUUAUCACGACUCGACGGGUAGCUCUGCUUUUCGGCACUCUGCUGCUGACAUGGCAUGCUAGAUUCUUGCGAGUCGCCCGGACGCUUCUUUGGCGGAGCGCUACGAUCCGCAGGACGGCGGCCCUGGUCACCGGCUUAACAUUUGAGAAGCCCGUCAAGGCUGUUCCUGUCCAAAUAACGGCUGCAGGGAAUGGCAAGGUGCAGUCCAAGCCAGCAAUAUCUGAGCUCACCAAGGCCCUGCGCAAGCAGUCUCACAGGCAUGGUAACAAUGCCACGAGCAAGGACGCGGGUGUAAAGUUCACCUUUAUUAUAUACGAGAACCAGCGACGUUGGGUCGGCCUGGGUUGGACACAGAGCAUGUUUGCCUAUGAGCGAUCAGCCUGGACCGACGAACAUAAUAACCCCGUGCCUUCGCGAGACACUUUUGAGCUGCCCGAGGUUGAGGAUGGAAGUAACAUGCGCUGGCGGUGGGUCGAAGGAAGCAAAUGGAGGGUCGAUGGGGUUCCGGAUGACGGGACCGAACCCGUCGACUAUGACGGAGAACCUGGGAAGAAUGGAUGGAUCUAUUACGACAAUAAGUGGCAAAACGGUCGCCGCGGUGCCGACGGAUGGGGGCGUUGGACACGGAGGAGAAAGUGGUACCGCGACGCCGAGCUGGUGGAGGUUUCGGAGGACGAAAUGGCACACGAACUGGACGCUGCGCAAGCACCGAAUUCUGCCCGGCCCGGCUCGCCCACGUCAGGACCCCCGGGCCCCGCCUUGACGACGCAGAGGUACAGCACGCUCGAAGAAAAAAUGGUUUCCCCUACUACGCAGUCUGCGCAAGACCUGCCACUAUCAGAUAAGGACCUGGAAAGAGAAAAGGACGACACAGCAUCGACUCUCUCGACGAGUUCUGGCGGACGGUCAUUUUUCAGGGCGCCAUCACUGCGAAGGAAGGUUACGGAUAAGAGCGUUGCCAGCAAAGCCGACAAAGAGCAGGAUCGAAGUCGUCGGGCGAGUGAGGCCAAGAGCGAAGAAGAAGCUGCGGCGCUGGGUCUGAAGUUGAAUCUCGCUCUGCAGGGCAAGGAGGGCGGGCAAUGGGGGAUCGGCGAUGAGGCCAGAAUGAGUUUGGAGUAA